AUGAACGUCACCGCUUUAGGCAUUUUGGUGAUUACGGUGGUAGUGAAUGUGGCCAUACAGGUCAUCCAGAUGCACGCUUAUUUAGGCAACAGGCUAGGGUUUCAUGAGGAGCUUUUGGGGACUGUGUCGAUGUUGUUCCUCCUUCUCAUGUUUGUUUCCGCGGCGGUCAUGAUUCCUUCUAUGAAACGUUAUCUGGAGACGAAAUAUCACGAGAUGCAUCGAUCUGCUUUGAUUGAGGAUGAAAUUUAUUUGGAGAAAGUGAUCACCGUUGAUAAAUUGAGAGUGUUGGUGAAGAAAUAUUGGAUGAUGGCAGAAACUAGCAAUCCUCAGUUCGUGAUUGCUCGUUCUGUGACGUGCACCACCUCUGGAAUGUUGAGCUUGAUGAUCUCUCUGGUUUUGGUGGAAGUCGAGAUUCGGAUGGCGAUUGGGUUUGGUUUGCUGCAGCACUCGUUCUCCAGCUAUGGAUGGUCAACCAAGUUUGUUCUUAUAGCUCAGAGUGCCGGGGUAAUCGUUGGCAAGAUUGCUCCCGCGUCAAGAUGGUUCGUUGCUGUGAAAUACAGCUCGUUGAAUCAAAGCGGAAGGAGUUUUGGAGAUGCAGUGAGUGUUGAGGAGUAUUGGACUCAGAAGAUGGUGGAGUGGAGGCAGAGCUCUUUGUCUUUCCAAAUUCGACAUUUCAAGAGCAGGAAGCUUGUUCAUGAUUUGAGAGCUUUGUUUUUGAAGUCUUGCAUUUCUGUUCAGCGUCUGGUUGUUCUUGCUAGCAAACUAGUUCUUCUCAUCUCUAUCUGUUUCACUAGCCCAGCGAUUUCGUGCGUUGACUAUUUCACGAGGCUGAAGAGGCAGAAUCGCGUAGCGCACUCUGCAUCCUCGCAUGGGCCAGAGGUCUCGGAGAAGGUUGAUUCCGUGCUGGAUUUGAGCCAUUAUGUGAUGCUGCUGGAAGGGGAACUAGAGCUUCCUGCAGAGACUCUGGAGAAUAUCUGCAAAGAAAUUGAUCAAGUUAUUCAUAAAGGCAAGUUGAAAAGGCCCAAGAAUUUGCUCAAACUGCUCUCCAAAUCUUGCAUCUUCAAAGGAGUUGGGGAAUUCGACAGCAGUCAAGUUCCAGCUCUGCAUUCUCAAGAUCUUCCCUAUUGCUGGUCUCUACCUGUGGUGACGCUGGCUUGCAUCGCGCUAGCUCUUCCCAAUGUUGAGAAGAGCAAAUCGGAUGGCCUGCUGAGCAGCGUGACUGAAGGGCUUCGCCUCGUGAAGCUCGUGGACAAGACCAUGGAUAGAUAA